UAAAUUAGGGUUUGUCCUAGAAUCGCCAUGGCGCCUUAGGUCAUUUCACGUUCAUGCGCGAGUCAUCGGUGCUCAAGAAGGUCGAUCCCUGACUCCCCUCACGACCAGAUAACUUACAGCAGCGUUAUUACGCGGAGAUGCGAGUUCCGUCUGUCGAUCUGGAGCAAUGCUUGCGAUAUCUCAAGCGCUGGGUGGCUGACCCGUCACCGGCCAGCCGUGCGCGCAUAGUCUGACGGACCGUACGGGCGGAAUGGAGAGGGACCCGCAGCUGCGGUUCCGGUCGCGGCGGUUCAUGCCGGUGCCCAUCGGCAACCCCGGGGACCUGCUGUACACGUGCAUUCUCAAGGACGCGUGGGGCGCGGAGGUGUCGGCGCUGCACGACGUGCCGCUCUUCUCCUCCUCCGCCAGCUUCCACUUCGUCUGCCUCUGCCCGCGCGGCUCCACGCACGACAUCGCCAUCUCGCUGACAGAGCGUCUCAGCCCGUUAAAGUCACGCCUCGUUAACAGAAAUCUCUCGCGGUUGUCGGAGCCGUCCCCGUGGCACUUCGGGUUGCUGCCGCAGACGCUAGCGGACGAGGAGUAUCCGUCGGAAGUCGCCGGCGUCGCCAACGACAACCAGCCGCUCGAGGCGAUCGAAUUAGGGUUGGGCGUGCGACAGGUGGGCGACGUGUACGAGGUGCGACCCAUCGGCGCGUUCGGGCUCGUCGACCCGGUCGCCAGGGUGCUUUCGUGGAAGGUGCUGGUGGUGGCGUGGGACGACCCGCUGUUCGGGCGCGCGACGGGCCUCGAUGACGUGGAGUCGCUGUUUCCGGGGGUCACGGACCGCGUGCGCGCGUGGAUCGCGCACCACCGCUCGAAGCCGGCACGAGGCCCCAAGGCGCAGGCGAUGUUUGCGCUGGGCGGGCGGCCGGCGUCCCCCGGCACGGUGAUGCGCGUGGUGGCGGAGGCGAACGCGUGCUGGCAGCUCUUCAAGGCCACGCGCUGGCCCGAUAACCCCGCGCACGCCGCCAACGCUGCUGGGCCCGCCUACGACCAGCAGCAGCAGCAGCAGCAGCAGCAGCAGCAGGGUUUAGGGCAGCAGCAACUGGAGGGGGAGGUGCGGCUGGGAGCAGGCGGGGUGGCGUCGAGCCGCAGGCGGCGCAGCAGCCGUGGCAGCAGCGUGAGCAGCGGCGCUGGGAGCGGGCGCGGGGACAGCGGAAGCGUCGUGGAGUGGGGCGGGGGGGCGCAGGUGCUGCAGAUAGAGGGGGCAGUGGAGGGCGACAGAGAGGCGUACAGGGGGGCGGAGAGGCGCGAGGUGGAGAGGGUGGGGUCAGGGAUGGACGGGUGGAGUGGUAGAGACGGUGCCGGCGCGCUACCAGGGCCUGCUGCUGAUGAUUUUCAAGGCGUUGACUCGCCAGACUUCGUUGACCGUCAGUUCGGCCGGCUUGCCCAGCCUGAUCUGUCGGACGCUGCUCGCGGCGACAGCUUCGCCUUCCAUGACGUCAGCUGUAGCUCCCCUCCUGAGUGUUCUUAUAACGAGAGCCCGCCUCGGCUACUGCAGUCUAGAAGCGAACCAGGGCCGGCUUACAUGGAUGAGAGUGAGCAUGAGCACGAGUUUAGGCACAGCUCGUUUGAGGAACACCACUAUCCCUUCGAGGAGUACUCGUCCAGAGAACACUCGUUAGUAAGUCACUCGUUAGAAGGUUCGUUGGACGAACGAGGAAUGCGGCAGCGAGCAGCAGGACCCGGCUUUGCGGAGGGCGGGUUCGUGGCACGGGAGUGGGGCGGAGAGCACGAGGGGGAGUGGCUGCAGGGCGGGCUCACGGCGGGCGCGAGAGAGCUGAGCUUCCGAGGGGACGUGGCUUGCGGCGCCGAGGAUGGGCGCGGCGAGUGCGAGUGGAGGGGGGAGGGGGCGUUUGAUGAUGGGGAGAGGAGGGGGUCGGCCGGAGGACGCAUGGACCGAGGGGAGCAGGCGGCGGCGUGGGGUGGGGGCCCGCUUGAGAGUGGUUCAGGUGGUUGUCGGGUGCUGCAGGAUCGGUCGGGUGAGUUUGAGGCGCAGAGGGUGUCAGGCGAGGUGGAGGAGGCGGGCGUGCAGAGCCCGUGGGACGCGGAGUACGAGCGCGACGCGCUCAUCCACUGCCACUCCGACGGGUACGCGCGCGCUGAUGCCAGCUCCGACGCCGACACCAGUGGGUGGGAGGGGCGCGAAGGGGACGAGGAGGACGAGGAGGAGGGGGAGGAGGAGGGGGAGGAGGAGGGGGAGGAGGAGGGGGAGGAGGAGGGGGAGCAGAGGGAGGAGGGUGAAUCGGGAGAGGAGGGAGAUGGAGAUGACGAGGAUGGCAUGUCGGUGCUGGAGAGAGACGAGGAGGAGGACGAGGAGGGGGGAGAGAGUGGCGGGGAGGAGGGCAGCGAGGAGGGCAGUGAGGAGGGGAGUGAGGAGGGGAGUGAGGAGGGGAGUGAGGAUGAGGGUUACGGAGAGGGGGAUGGGGAGGAGGCUGUGUGGAUGGGGGAUACGCAACAAGGGAACGCGGGCGCGCAUGGCGUGGGUUGCCAUGCCGUGGACCACCACAGUAUGGAUCGCACUGCCAUGGAUCGCACUGCCCUGCCCAGUCCUGAUAUGCGGCAUCACGACAUGGGCACUGGCCAUGAGGCCAUGCAGUCUAACAGGGCUAUUUCCAACGAGGUGCGCAAUAGAGAGGCCAAUGCGAGCAGGGAGUAUGAAUUGGGUCAGCAGCAGCAACAGCAGCAACAGCAGCAGCAGCAGCAGGCGCAACAACAAAUGCAACAGAUGUUGCUGCGGCAGCAGCAACAGCAGCAGCAGCACCAGGCGCAUUCGUCCCUGUCGCUGCUCCGUUCUCUCUCCCUCACCAACCGCCACCACGACCACCCCAAUCACCCCAACCACCUCACUCACCCCUGCGGCUCCUCGCUCUGCUCCAGCCCCGCCCUCCCCCCCCGCGCCCACCACCCCCUGCCCGCCAGCGCGUCCAGCAGCCCCACUGCCGCGCGCCCGCUGCUCCCCUUCGCCCCGCACCCGCCUCUCAGCCAUGCGUCCGCCGACCCCUACGACCGCCGCCGCUCCUACCCCCCCAACGCGCACCGCCACUCGCUCUCCCACGUGGAGCAGGUGCUCCAGGUACAGCCGCAGCAGCUGCAGCAGGGGAGGGCGCUGGGGGGGGAGGGCGGGGACUGGCAGGUGUUUAGCCGUGCUGCAUGGCGUGGCGAUGGCGUGGGGGGCAGGGCAGGGAGCAUGGAGCAGCAGGCCAGCAGCGCAGGGGCGGACGACGGGGGGGGAGGGGGAGGGGGUGCCAGGGUAUUCCGCAAGGCCAACUCCAGCUCGCCGCGCUCCCUCAACGUUAGACCCUCCUCUGCGUCCGCCUCGGGCAGCCCGAGCAAUGUUUUGAGCCUGCCCCGUGGGCCGGGCAGUGCGGUGCUAGAGCGGCCGCUGGCGCCCUUGAGGCGCGACGCGGCGGCGCUCAUUCCGGGGCUGCUCAGGGCGCGCGGGCUGGCGCAGGGCCGCAUCACGCGCUCGCAGUCGCUGUGCCAGGGGGCCUUCGGGGACGUCUUUGCCGCGGGCUUGGGGGCGGGGGCUGCCGAUGGCACGGAUGCGGCUGCACGUGGUGGUGGUGCCGCUGCUGAUGGCGCUGCUGGGUCGUUUGAGCGAUCCGUUUCGUUCUCGUCGGCAGAUGGCGGUAGGAUGACGCAGCUGUGGCAGCAGCAGAGGCAGCAGCAGAGCAUGUGGCAGCAGCAAUCACAGCAUCAUUGUCAGCAGCAGCAGCAGCAGCAGCAGCAGCAGCAGGAGCAGGGGGAGGGCAGAAGGCCCCUGCCAGCGUACCCAUUGCGGCUGCAUCACCAGCGGCAGGCGUCGGUGCCGGCGCUCAGCCUCGCCGGCCCCGCCUUCAAUGCCGCCGCCGUGCCGCCCACACUGCCCCCGAGCGCCCUCAGCUGCGCGCCCCCAACUCCCGUGAGGGACGCGCCUGCUCCCGCUGUGAGGGACGCGCCUGCUCCCGCUGUCACACCCGCUGCCUCAUGCCCGCCCGCGGACGUGCCUGCUGCCCCCGCCGCCAGCGCCAGCGCCAUGCCUCGGCAGCCCCCGCGCGCGCCACCGCACCAGAUGCGGCGCUCGCGCUCCAUGUCGCAGUCCGCCCUCGCCCUCCCCGCCCCCGCCCUCCCCUCCCCUUCCCACUCCUCCCCCUCCCACGCCGCAUCACUUGCCUCACCCCCCCCGCCCCCGCUUCCACCGCCGUUGGAGCAGCAGCAGCAGCAGCAGCAGCAGUAUCGGUUCUCCCCAUCCCAGUUGAAGGCUUCUCAUAGCUACGAUGGUGCAAGUGGCAUCCUCCCUUCGUCCCUGCAUGACCGCACACUCAAGCCCACUCAAUCACCCCUGUUACAAUCACGAUCUCACGGCUCAACCCCGCUACAAGCACAAUCCCAGGGCUCAACCCCGCUACAACCACAAUCCCAGGGCUCAAUCCUGCUUCAAGCACAAUCCCAGGGCUCAACCCCGCUACAAGCACAGCGUGUGACCCCCCAGCAGCGCCCCCCUCCCCCUCCUUCCCAAGACGCCUCCCUCUCUCAUGACCGCUCUCUCCUCCCCCGCUCCUCCUCCUCCUCCUCCCGCCCCCUCAAGCCUCCCUGCCCCCCUCCCGCUCCCCCUCCCCACACCCGCGUCUCCUCCUCCCCGCCCCUUCCCCCCUCCCGCUCCAUGCAGCGCCGCCACACCCUCCCCCCACGCGUGCUCGAUGCUGCGCCUGGGGGGGCGGCAGCGGGCGGGGGGAAGGGGGGAGGGGCGGGGGGGGAACCGCAGGGGGAGACUGGGACAGUGACUCCGCGUGGGGGAGGCAGUUGGGGGGAGCGGACGAGUGGGCGGAAGGGGGGGAAGGGGUGGGGGAAGGGGGAGGGGGAGGGGGAGGGAGAGGAGGAGGACUCGUUUGUGAGGGCAGCAGUGAUUGUGGCGGGGCUGGAUGUGCUGGGGGGUACGGCAGCGCGGGGCACAGGCAUGAGCGGUCCAGGUGCAGUGAAUGUGGGGCGCCUGAGACCGGUGCAGCUGCAGCCGCAGCAGCAGCAGAAGCAGCAGCAGCUGCAGCAGCAGCAGCCGCAGCAGCAGCAGCAGCAGCAGCAGCAGCAGCAGCAGCAGCAGCAGCAGCAGCAGCAGCAGCAGCAACAGCAGCAACAGCAGCAACAGCAGCAGCAGCAACAGCAGCAGCAGCAGCAGCAGCAGCAGCAGCAGCAGCAGCAGCAGGGGGCACAGGGGCAGGAUGCGAGGAGGCAGCAGGGCAUGGCGGGCGCAAGGGGGUCGGUGGCUCUGCCCCCUCGCAGAGUGCGGCAUGGGAGGAGUGGCAGCAUGGCGGACCUGGGCAGCAUGUCCAUGGGUGGGGGGACGGAGGUGGCGCCAUCCUCCCCUUCUGAUGGCAGCGAUCAAUACCCUUACCCUGUGUCAAGCAGUGCGGUGCAGAUGGGUGCAAGGGGUGGGCCCAUAGGGCCAGCGGCAGUGGCAGCGGGGUGGGGUGUGGGGCGGGGAAGGGGGAGAGUGAGGACUCGGAGCAUGUCAGGGGACUUGUCGCACCUGCCCGUGCCCGCUCUCAUGGCCGCCGACGCACCGCCGCUGCUCGCACCCCCGCACCUCCCACACACGCACGUGCCCCCCCAGCACGCCCAGGGGCCACUGCAUGCAGCAGCAGGCGGGGCUGGGGCGGGGUCCGCUGCUGCUGGGCCUGUCUGCGGAGGGCGAGGCAGAGGGCGGGGGGCAGUGGCGGGCGGGAGAGGCAUCGGCGGCCGGGGAAGAGCAGGAGCAGGAGGCAGAGGGCGGGGGGCAGGUUUUGUGCCUGAUCGUGUGUCAGCACCCCCAGCAGCAGCAGCAGCAGCAGAAGCAGCAGAAGCAGCAGCAACAGCAGCAGCAGCAGCAGCAGCAGGGCAGGCGCCCCGUGCUCCUUCUCCCACUGGUGCUGCCGCCCCCUUCCCUCCUGCGUCUGACGCCAGUGCUCCCCCCACGCAACGCACAGGUGAUGAUGCUAGGGGCGGGAAAACAGCAGCAGCACCAGCACCAGCAGCACCACCAGCAGCAUCAGCAGCAGCAGCAUCAGCGGAAGCAGCAGGUGGGGGGGAGGGCGAGGUGGUAUUUCAGCGCUCCGUGAGUCUGUCGGCGCGCCUCUUUACCGAGGAGCAGGGCACGGGCGCGCCCAUGGGAGCAGCCGUGGGGGCAGCCGUGGGGGGGGUUGGGCCGGUGCAAGGGGGGGAGCCUGGAUUGGCGAGGAGUGCGCUGGCAGGGCGAGAGGGGGGAAGAGGAGGCAGGGGGGCAGGGCGGUUGGGUGCGGUGGCAGGUGAUGCGGGCAGGGGGCGCGGCCGGGGGGGGUUGAGGCGGCACAUGCGGUUUGCGAGUGUGGAUCUGAGCAGCACCGGGGACGGGCUUGGCGUGGAUGCCAUGGGCGUGGGUGGCCUCAUGAGGGACGUGCAGGCGCUGGACACACAGCAGCAUGGGCGGAGGCAUGUGCCGCCAGCGCCGCAGCAGCAAGAACGGCUGCAGCAGCAGCAGAGGGAACGGCAGGCACAGCAGCAACAAUCCGACCAGCAGCAGCAGCGGCAGUCCCCUCGCCAUCGCGACACAUCACCACUACCUUCGCCCUCGCCCUCACCCUCGCCCUCACCAUCCGCAUCAGCAUCAGCAUCGGCGUCGCGCUCGCCGUCUCCACUGCCCCCAAGGCAGCGGCAGCACAUGGUGUGCACCGUGGCCGGCAUCCCCGCCUCUGACUCCCUCUCCUCCCCGCCCUCCCCCUCCCGCUCCUCUGUUCCCCCCACUCUCCCUGCCUCUUCGUCCCAGCGCGCCCUCCCUGCCACGCCCCACCCCUCGCGAGCUGCCUCAUCUCCCAUGCGCCCCCGCCCGCCCUCUGUGUCGCCUCCCCCUGCCCGCCCUGCCCUGGCCCACGUACGCCACCCCUCCUACAUCUGGCCGCACACCCACUCCGCUGCUCCCAUGCCUGCAGCCCCCACGGCUGCUGCUGCUGCAGCAGCAACACCAACUGGUGGCGCUUCUGGUGGUGGGUCCUCUGCCGAUGCUGGUGCCACUGCUGGUGCACCGUCUGCAACGCCUGCUGGUGCACCGUCUGCAGCGCCUGCUGGUGUUGCGUGGGGCUCUGGCAGUGCUGACACUGCCGACGCACGCACUGCCGGCACCCCUCCCAGCAGCGGCAGUGGCAGUGGCAGCGGCAGCGAGGGAGAGGGCGAGUGGGGGCUGUCCCCCGACCGCCUGUUCAUGCGGCACCAGACGACGCCGUGCCGCCUGCAGGGUGCCCACCUGCACUCCCUCGCGCCCUCCAGUGCCGCCUCUCUGGCAUCCGAUGCCCCGGGGUCGGAGGCAGGCAGCUCGUGGGGCGACGGCGAGCAGUGGGACGCGCACCUGGCGCUGCACGGCGCAGGGGGGGUGGGGACGGGGCAGGAGGGGCAUGGUGAGGGGCAGUAUCCUGGCAGCCAGCAGCAGCACGAGGUUGCAUCUCACCGUUACCCUCACAGCAUCUACCAGCAGCACCAUGAGCAGCAGGUGCAGCACUACCAGCAGCAGCAGCAGCAGCAGCAGCAGCACGCGCCUGUGGGUCGCCACAUGUCCCCUCUGAAGCCCCGAGACCCAUCCGCACAGCCGCCACCCCAGCAGCACGGCAGCUCACCACUCCGCACAUCCCCUCACGACCAACACAUACAACAGCAACAGCAACAGCAGCAGCAGCAGCAACAGACGCAGGGCCGCACUCCAUCUUCCUCGCACACGACACCCUCCCCCAUCCCGCAAGCUCGCUCGCCCGCCCCCGCCCGCGCUCAUGCCCCUUCCCACGCCCCUCACCACCUCACUCCCCUGCAGCGGCAGCAGCAGCAGCAGUUGCAGAAGCUGCACCAGUCACACACUGGCGCGCCAGCAGGGGCUUUCCGUAGCAGCAGCGUGGGUGCUGCUCCAAGCACCACGCCCCGCUCCUCCAACCCCCCUCUCUCUGCUCUCCCCCCAGCCUCCCCCCAACGCCCCAUUCCCGGCGUCUCCCCCCUGCUUGCUGCCCGCGGUUCCAUGUCUGCCCCUGCAGGGCAGAUGAAACAUCGUAAGACGGGCAGUGUGGACAAAGGGCCAGGGAAGCGGCGGGUCCCGGGCAGCCUGGGAAAGCUGCGGAUGAACAAGGAGAGGGGGUGGUGGAGUGGCGGCCCAGGGGCGGGCAGCGCUGCUGCGCAUGGCAGUGGGGCCAGCGCUGCUGGUACUGCUGCUGCUGCUGCUGCUGGUGGUGGUGGUGGUGGUGGUGGUGGUGGUGGUGGUGGUGGUGGUGGUGGUGGUGGUGGUGGUGGUGGUGGUGGUGGUGGUGGUGGUGGUGGUGGUGGUGGUGGUGGUGGUGGUGGUGGUGGUGGUGGUGGGGGUGGUGGUCGGAGCCAUGUGGGGGCGGCAGGGGGCGGGGGCAAGGCGUCGGUGGCGGCGGCGCUGAUCAGCCCGCGCAUCGUGACCAAGUCCAUCUUCUCCCGCUCCUCCGCCUCCGCCUCCGCCUCCGCCUCUGCAUCCGCCUCGCCUGACGCCGACCUGCACGGGGGCGGCAGGGCCAACUGGCGGCGCCUAGUCGGCAAGCGGGGGGCGUCCCCAGGGCACCACGGGCGCGAGCACCGCCAUGGGGCGGGCAGCAGCAGCGGGCACGGGGGGGUGGGAGGGGGGGUGGUGUCACGUGCGGCUCGCACUAUCACGGGGUUUAAGGCCGGGCACAAGGGGGGUUCCGGGCACAAGCUGGGGUUUAAGGGUAUUGGGGCCGUGAGCCUGCCGCUGAUGGGCGGGGUGGGGGGACAUGGGGGGAUGCACGAUAGCAUGGGUCAGCAUGUGACUGGCAGCGAGGCGGCGCUGCUGCUAGCAGCAGCAGCGGCAGCGGCAGCAGCGGCAGCAGUGGAGGUGCCGUGGGUGGCGAUGGCGAUGCCUGGGGAGGAGAGCGACGAGCCCCAGUCCCCCCCGGCAGGGCUGCCGUCCCCCCUGCCGUUCAGGGCGGGCAGCGAGUGGGCGGCGGAGGUGCGUGCGCGCAUGCAGUGCGACGAGACGCUCAGCGGCAACUACGAGCUGUGCGACCUCGAGAUCGCGGGUGCCGCUGACCCAGCGCAGGGAAAGGGCGGGGCAGAAGCAGGAGAGGCAGCAAGGACAGCAGCAGGGAAGGAGGGGGCAGCAGGAGGGGCGGAGGGAGGGGGUGGGGAGGGGCGGGUGGGGCUGCAGAACAUGCUGGUGCUGGACCUGUACCCCGCGCUGCAGCCGCUCGUGCUCGGCUGCCGCAAGGCGCAGCCACGGCCCCCUGCAGAGGGGGAUGAAGGCGGGGAAGGCGAGGUGGAGGGGGGGGAGGAAGGUGGGCAGGUGGACGAGGCAGAGGAGGGGGCGGAGGGCAGCAGCAUGCAGGGAGGAGGUAGCGGUGUCAUGGGAGGUGCUGACCAGCAGCCUGGAGUGGAGACGAAUGGAGAGGUGGACGUAGGUGGGGUGCAGCAGGGGACUAACAGAGCAGCACUUGAAAGCAGCUCUGAACAGGAGGGUCAGGGCUGUGGGCAGGUGAUGUCUGGGGAGGCUACACCUGUGAUGGAUCAGGAAGGCCCGCCUAGUUUGCAAGAGGUGGCUAUUUAUCAGCCCGUGCUUGUAUAGUGUUAGCCGCAUCUAUGUAAUUAUGCUUCAUGUGCUAUAAAAUUGUUACCUUAGU